GGAGCGGCCGGGCUGGAGCCGAGCCGGUCCGAGCUGUGCCAGGGCUGGCCCCUCAGGGGACCCGCCCCCCCGGCUUUCCCUGGGGAGCCGUCUAGGUCGCCCGGCCGGCGGGGCUGGGGCUUCCCUUUCCCCUGAGCCCGCGGCGGCUACCCAGACUGCACCGUGCGGCCGUGUCCGAGCACCCCACAGACCCCCGUGGGCUUAUCCGUGCAGCCCUCCUCCGCCCCCUUGGGUAGUGACCGAUCCUGAGCCCCGUUCCGCAAGAGGGGAAACCGAGGCACGGAUCCGUGGAGGGACUCGCCCACGUUCAGGAGUCUGCAGCAGAGCCAGGACAAGCAGCCCAGUACCCACACACCAGACCAAAAAGCUUUUUGUUAGUUCAAAGACUGUCUGAAAAAUUAUUAUUAAAUCCACCCCCCUCCUUUGGUUCUUUGCAAGAGCGUGCUGGGCACCCCGGACAAAGACGGGGAGCUGGUCCCUGCCUCAGGGCGUGGACAGACCCCCGGGGGCCCGGUCAGGGGUCCGGACUGUCCGGAGGCCGGCGGUAAAAGGCUCCGUCCACCUUUCCAGAAGCACCCAGGGAAGGGAGGCCCGGGCCCGCGGCGGUAACUGGUAACCCGGAGGAAGGGGCUGUACAGGGGCGAGGGCGGGCUCAGCGGAACGCCCCUCCACGCAGGACACGCCAGCCGGCUGCGGGGAGGGAGAACUCAGCCACGGGCGCCCGCGGGCGGAAGGGUCGGCUCAGGUCUCCGAGUCCAAGGCGGGCCAGAGCCCAGCGCGCGGUGGGCGCCCCCCAGCCACAGCACACGCCAGCUCAACCCGCUGCCCCGCGGGGGCCGUGCGUGGGGCUCGCGUGGCGCGCCAAUUCCGCAGGAUCCACGCUGUCGCGGACGGAAAUCCCUAGCCCUCGGGGUGGCCGAACUAAGCGACCGAAUGCGGCGCCCCCCCCGGGCUGGCGGCACGAGGACAGGAAUCGGUAGAGCCCUGAGCACAGGGUAUUGCCGACUCUGCCAUGGGAAGUUUUCCUCCCGGAGCUUGCGGAACGCUUUCGGGAAGGUCCCUGUAACAGGAGAGAACUCAGAGAAGCAGCGACGUGUGGAUCAAGUGUUCUUCACAGAUUUUCAGCGACUGGUCGGGGUAGCAGUCCGACAAGAUCCUGCUCUGCCGCAAUAUGUCUGCAAGAAAUGCCAUGCCCAGUUUUACAAAUGUCGCAGCAUCCUCAAAACGUUUAUUCAGAGGGUGAAUGCGUCUCCCACAGGCCAUAUAAAGUCAAAAGGAAAGAGCAGUGAUGUGCAGCCACAGCCAGAUACAGAAGCCCCCUGUUUGGUAGACCUGAUCACAUCCAGCCCCCAGUGCCUGCAUAAUUUGGUUACGUGGACCCACAACCAUGCGGGGAACUGCCAGUCUGUGCCAAGCCUGCAGAGUGUGUUAUCUUCCGAGUACUGUGGGAUAAUUCGAGCCGUGUGGGGCUGUGGAGAUGGGCAUGACUAUGUUAUGGAUACAGAUUCUGAUUGCAGCACAGUGCUUGUCGAUAAUGCCUUGUCUGUUACGUGGGAAUGGAACAAGAGCACAGCACAGCGUUUGACUGACAACGGGGCAAGUGCAGACAAUGCUGCGGCUGCUUCUGCUCCCAGGCCCCAGCUUGCCCCAGCAAGGACAGUCACUUGCGAGCAGCCAGUAAACAAAGGGACCACAUCAGAGCCACUAAGCACAGAGAAUCAGUUGCCACAGAGCAGGAAUUCAUCUCAUUCACAACAGGACAGUCCAGUCCCUUCCCAGGAGAAAAGUCUGCCCCAGUCAGCCUCUCCACUGAGCAGUGCCCCAGGACAGUUGAGUGGGAAGCAGAUUCUGUCUUCAACAUCGGAUGAGCGGGUAAAAGACGAGUUCAGUGACCUUUCUGAGGGAGACUUCUUGAGUGAAGAUGAAAAUGAUAAGAGAACCUUGCAAUCUUCAGAUGACUCCUUUGAGCCUUAUCCGGAAAAGAAGGGGUCCAACAAAAAGAGUGAAAAUAAAGAAGCGAAGAAGGCUGAAGAGCCCAAAAUAAGAAAGAAGCCAGGACCCAAGCCAGGCUGGAAAAAAAAGAUCAAAUGUGAAAGGGAGGAGCUGCCUACCAUCUACAAGUGUCCUUACCAGGGAUGCACAGCGGUGUACAGAGGGGCCGAUGGCAUGAAGAAACACAUAAAGGAGCAUCAUGAAGAAGUGCGGGAGAGGCCUUGUCCCCACCCUGGCUGCAACAAGGUGUUCAUGAUCGAUCGGUACCUACAGCGCCAUGUGAAACUCAUUCAUACAGAGGUACGGAAUUAUAUCUGUGAUGAAUGUGGGCAGACCUUCAAACAACGUAAACACCUCUCAGUCCAUCAGAUGCGCCAUUCAGGAGCAAAGCCCCUCCAAUGUGAAAUCUGUGGUUUCCAGUGCAGGCAGCGAGCGUCUCUCAAAUAUCACAUGACCAAACACAAAGCUGAGACCGAGCUGGAGUUUGCCUGUGACCAGUGUGGAAAGCGUUUUGAAAAGGCCCAUAACCUUAAUGUCCACAUGUCCAUGGUGCAUCCUCUGACCCAGACUCAGGACAAAGCCAAGCCACUGGAGCCUGAGCAAAUUCUCAUGUUGAAUCCUUCAGGGACUGUGGAAAGCCAGGCUGUAAAACCAGAACUGACUGCGCAACAGGAGCCUACUUGAAGGGCUGCUGGAGGUGUGUACUGAUCCAGCCUUGUACAAACCAUUCAGCAGAGUGGGGAUUUUUAAUAUACAUUUUAAUAGAUUCUCAACAAAAAAACCCACCUCAGUGGAAAUAGCUUCAGCUUGCUCAGAAACAAAAAAAGCUUUUACUGUGCUGUGAUUCUCCAUGCUUAGAUCAAUUUCAGCAGUGUUGUACUAAACAGUCUCCAUCGAAUGUAAAGGAACUGGGUGUUCUACGCUUCCCCACGUGGUGAUAGAAACCAAGUUGUACCACAUCAGUUAAGUAGUUGCAUAAACUGCAGGCAUGUAUGUAGUUCCUAUUCAGAUGGGUCUACAGUUAUAUGGGACAGUGGAGUGACUUAAAACGAGGCUUUUUUUAAAAAUUACAAUUCCCCAAGCAAGUCUAAAAAGAAAAAUUUAACCUACUUUUUAUUAUUAACAAGAGCUUCAAGGUUUUGCUUGUAAUAAAUUAUUUACAAAGUAA